AUGCAGGACUGUCAACAUCAAAUCACCCAAAAACUGAUUAACACAGAAAAGGAGAUACUGGACAAAACUGUUGCCCCUCCGAUACCAAAUUUCUCCUUGACAAUACUCCAGGCAAAGCUCUACCAAUUGCCAACAAGAAAGCCUCGAGAUUGCACAAGACAGAAGACCAACAGCUCUAAUGCGGGUUCAUUGAGCCUCUACAUGUGCUAUGCCGUCAGUAAAGAUACCGAUCCAGUGGCAUAUGGGAGGGAGGCCUCACUAGAAAAGGGAAUUUCCCGACAGUUACCAAGGUCCGUGUCCUCAAUCAUGACCUCGUAUUUCACGAGGUAAGGGAUGAGGGAUAACAUCCAAGCACUUGAGCCAGGAAGAGCCAGUCGCUUCAUUGACCUGUCCAAAACGGCAACGCCAGAUUCGCAAUAUCAGCCCCUGCUCGCCUUGACGUCCCUUUUGGGAAUCUAGAAUCCCAAGCCAGCGUUUGAUUUGAAGCAGACGAGAAAUCAGACUAUGGUUGCAUACUCUAGAGCUUCAUUAUUUAGCGUGUAUCGGACAUGCCUCUUCCUCAAGGUCUCACAGCGGACAACUCGACGUCAGUUCACAUUGUAGACAUAGAACAAACCGUGCCGCGUGGAUAUUCAGGAUUGGCGGUAUAGUUGUCCCAAGAAGCAGUGAUAUAACUAGUUAAUUAUAUGCUGGUCGUUUGUUCUGCUUCGCUUCAAUACAAUAUGCAAAGCAACGGCUUCAAACACGAUGUUCGGCAGCGAGAAAGUCUCGGGUUGGAAAAUAAACGAAUAGCAGUACGGAGU